AUGGACGAAGACGUCAGAAACUUACUUAUUGCUUGGGGUCUCAGCGAUUAUGUGAAUGUGUUCUCUGAAAACUACAUUACGAUGGAUUGCUUAACGCUGUUGGACUCGCAUAUGAUUAAGGAGCUCAUACCACCAAUUGGACAUAGAAUUAAAUUUGUUACAAAUUUUAACAAUUGGAAGACCUUGAUGGGUUCUGAGAACGACAAUCAAUCCAAUCAAUCACAAAAUCUGACUGACGACCCUGAUUAUGUGGACUUAUUAUCAAAUAAACAUCGUCAGCCUCUAACAGAAAUUGACAACUUUGAAAUCCAACAAUUCGAAAAUAUCAAUACACCAGUCUACAACACAUCUACACCGAUUCAAUUAUAUAAAAAACCUGAUGAUACACGAAAUUCAAAAAAGUCCAGGGAAAUAAAAAAUGAACAAGAGGACGAACAAAUCCGGAACUACACUCAACCCCCGCGCCAUCGAUGCAAUAAAGCAAAGCUGUUUAGCCCUGAAUCCAACGGUGGUACACACAGCUGUCUGACCUUCGUAACCAAAAGGAAUCUGACUGACGACCCUGAUUAUGUGGACUUAUUAUCAAAUAAACAUCGUCAGCCUCUAACAGAAAUUGACAACUUUGAAAUCCAACAAUUCGAAAAUAUCAAUACACCAGUCUACAACACAUCUACACCGAUUCAAUUAUAUAAAAAGCCUGAUGAUACACGAAAUUCAAAAAAGACUCUUCUAGAAAUCCUUAACGAUAAGCCAGAGGGAAAAAUGCUAUUAAAAUUAUACCAAAACGAGGGUGUGUUAGAUAACAAUGCACGGAAUAAAUUAUGUAACAUUAUAAUAAAAGAGUUACUUGGAAAUGAACCAAAUGAAGCGAAAGUAACACAUGAAACUAUUUUAUAUAUGGCACGGCAAAUAAAGGAUAUUUUUAAAAAGGAAAAUAUAAGCACAUACUUUAUUCCCUAUACUCAUAACAAGAAGCUAAAAAUAAAAAGAUGUGCUAAAGGAAAAUUAUAUGACUGUCUGAAUAAUAGAAAAAGGGAAUACCGUGCUGCUAAAAAAAAGAUAAUUUGUAGUAAUAAUAUGGAACUUGAAAUUGCAGUAGGUGAAACUUCUUUGAUAGAUACAGAAAAUAUUCAUAAAGACCUUGAGUGGCUUAGAAAAUCCAGCGAGCCUUGGAAAAUAGCUGAAGAGAAAUGGAAAAAUACAUCUAAGAUUAGACUUGAAGAGUCAAAAAAUAUUACAGUAUCUGACUACAUGAAUGAGUACCCUGUUUUAAAAAAGCCGACAGGGUAUCAGCUACUUCUAAUUGAUUUUGAAACACUUUAUCCAGACAAGUCACAAAGGCUGUAUGAAACGUUUAUCCUUUAUAGGAACAAAAUACUCGAUUUGGCACAAAAAAAAGCAAAUAAGAAUGUGGAAAGUCCCAUAAAUAAACUGCUUACUGAAUAUGAAGCAUUGAAAGGAACAAGUGACAACAAAAGCGAAGAGGGGAGCAACAUCGUGGUUUUAAUGAUGUUACCAUUAUUGCUCAGCUCCCCCCUAGUGAAAUCAAAAAAAUCUAGCUGGCGUCCAUCGAAACAAGAGUCAAUGGAAGGUUUCAUUACUCAUGUUCCUCGAGAAAUGGAUAUUCUGGAGACAAUUACCAAAAGAAAGGAAAAAUUUUUCAAGAUUGGGGUAACAUUUCAGCCAACUAUUGUCAUAGUCGGUCCAAGAGUUUCAGACAUUAAGAAAUACUUUGUGCUGGUAAACAAUAUAUUCUACACCGUUCAUUCAAUUUUACAAGCUGUUGAUGUAUGUUUCAAAUUAUAUCUAGCUCUCAAUUGUACAUACCCUAUUGAAUGCGAGAACGUCUGGAACUUGAUACAAAAAGGAUUUUAUAAUAUAAAGACUGAAUGGGAUAAACAAUAUUCAUCUGUAAACGCAUUUUUGACUGACCUAGGUAUAUCAGAAUAA